AUGUCCGACACUACAGGCACGAGCUACAAGAAGCUCAAGGAGGACUUUGUCUCCAACCUCUCCGGCGGCUCCGCUUCCGAGAUCAACUACGUGACCGCAGUCGCUCCCCGUGCUUGGAGCUGCCGUCGAUUACCUUCUCAACGUCACCGCCAUUCUCCUCUCCACGACUCUCUACGCUUCCUCCCCUUGCUCCUGAGCGCACUCCUCCUAGCCCCCGCCGCCCUGGUCUACGCUUUCCCUCCCAACCUUGGUGCCCGUCGCAAGAAACCUGCCAUACCCCCCAAUGCGAAGUCCAAGGCCGGCGCCGCGGGGACCGUUGCGAGGCCGCUCUCGGUGUUGCCCGUCAAACCUUUCCUGACGCACUAUCGUGGCAGCAUGCUGGUCAUCACCUGCAUCGCCAUCCUCGCCGUCGACUUCCGUCUCUUCCCCCGCCGCUUCGCCAAAGUCGAGACUUGGGGGACGUCGCUGAUGGACAUGGGCGUCGGCUCUUUCGUCUACAGUGCCGGCGUUGUUGCUGCUCGGCCCGUCUUGAAGGAGCGCGCCGAGGGUAAAUCUACACCCCUGACGACGCGGCUGCUGCAUUCGAUGCGCCAUUCUUUACCGCUACUUGUCCUGGGUGUCAUUCGCCUGCUCAGCGUCAAGGGUCUCGACUACGCCGAGCAUGUGUCCGAGUACGGUGUACACUGGAAUUUCUUCUUCACACUGGGCUUGCUACCCCCUUUCGUAGCCAUCUUCCAGUCCGCGCUCAAGAUCGUACCCAGUUACGCCGCUCUUGCCAUUAUUCUCAGUGUGCUAUAUCAGGUCGCUCUCGAGAGCACGAACCUGAAGGCGUACAUUCUGACCGCACCAAGGUUAGACCUGCUUUCCAAGAACCGAGAAGGCAUCUUCAGCUUCUUCGGCUACUUGGCCAUCUUCCUAGCUGGCCAAGACACAGGCAUGUACGUCCUGCCUCGAAGCAUCAACCCCAAGAGCGACAGCACUCCUUCCACACAGCGGAAGACGCUUCUCCUGACGAUGGCGAUAUGGUCUGCCGUGUGGGCGGGGCUUUUCUUCCUAACCACAAGCUACAGCUAUGGCGACGGCCUGAGUGUUUCGCGUCGUCUUGCCAACCUGCCCUACGUCCUUUGGACGGCAGCCUUCAACUCGACGCAGCUUUUGGCCUAUGCGGUCGUGGAUACUAUCUUCUUCCCGGCGUCCUACAACGCUACCGAUGCAAAGGCGGAGAAGGAGGCCCACGAGACAGCCACAAGCAGGCUCCUCCGCGCGUAUAACCGCAAUGGCUUAUUCCUGUUCCUGAUUGCCAACGUCCUGACUGGCCUGGUCAACAUGACGGUGCCAACGCUACACGUUGGGCCGCUGGCGACCAUGGGCAUCCUGAUCGGGUACAGCGGAACCGUUACGGGCAUUGCCCUCGGCCUGGAUGCGUACAACAUCUCUAUCAAGCUGUAA